GUCAAACUCUACGGACUCGCUGUGACUUGAUAGAAAAAUUGCUUGAGAACAAACUCCUUACGGUUCGACGAAUUCUCAUACAAAUGGCGCCAACGAUAAAACGGCGAAAACUGUCUGCCGCGGACGACGCCUCGGAGAACGAAGGCAGCAUCCGUACAGACGACGAAGGCGCCUCGCCAGAGGCCUCCGGGUCGGAGGGUUCUGCCAGUGAAGCUGAUUCGGCUCCUGGUUCGGAUGACGAAAUCCCGGAGGCAAAGUGGACGAAGUCGAAGAAGACACUCAAGCGCAAACGUCGCGCUACAGACGCGACACAUUUCGGUGCAACUCUACAGUCUCUGCUGAACACGGAUGCACCGUCUACGCUACCCCUCUCGCUCAAGCCGUCCAUCGAGCGCAGGCGGAAGGACACCAAGCUCGACGCAAAGGGGAAAAAGGUGCUCCAGGUGGAGAAAAAGGACAAGGAAGAGAAGGGCAGGAUACGAGAUGUGAUCGGAGGCUGGGGAGGCGAGAAUGAAAGGGCUCUACGAAAGGUUGCCCAACGAGGCGUGGUCAAGCUAUUCAAUGUGAUUCAGCAGUCACAAGCUGCAUCCACUGCGGCAGCAGAAGAGGUGAAAACCCAAAGAGGUUCUGGAAAACCUACCUUGCCGGCGCCCGUAAUUAGCAAGUCCAAGACCGCCAAGAAAGGCAAGCAAAAGGACAACACCAUCGGACGAGGGAAAGAAACAUCCUUGGCACAGGACGACUUUCUCGACAUCAUUCGGUCUGGAGGCAUCGUAUCGAAGGCGUAGUUUAUGUGAGACGACAAAUAGUGCCCUUCCCUUGGAUCGUUGGAUGCCUGAGCGUUUUCCUCAACUGUGCGGAUGUUUGCGCGCCGUGGUACAGUUUGUGAUUUGCCACCGGCACCGGACCGUUGUGGGUCGGCGACUAAAGAUGAUAUACCACCGAGGUCUGCUCUCGGGGCGAUGCGCACAGCCUAGUACGGCGCAGAUUUUACUGUCUGAAUUGAAGCCGGUCGUACAUAAUAAACCUGUCGUAGAACCUGUACAGACAUGAUGUUUAUGUUC